GUUGGAUCGCAGCGAUGCCAGCGGAUAUUCACCUAUAUUCCAGGUUACAAGCACGCGCAGCAACCCACCCGUUCUACGUUUGUCGCUAUAUCAAGGCGAUUGAUCAGGCGACAAUGGAGCUUCCGCAGAUGCGCACGAUUGCCCGGCCAAUCGAGUAUCUCCUCUCUGGCAUCUCCUGGACCUCGGCCAUCAUCACGCGCUUCAUCCGUUCUGUGCGCGUCGCUCACGCUGACCUCGCAGCUGUGACCCGCGAUCUCUCGGAUCUGCGUCUACUGCUAGAACUGUUCAGGGAUGAGCCCGGCGUACCACCGCUGCUCCAGGCCGAGAUGCUCCCGGUCUUGGAGAGCUGCGGGAACAUCCUGAUCCACAUCGACGCCAUCUUGUCCCGACGCUCCGAGCCCACAAAAUGGGUCGAAUCGGGAAGGGCUGACAUUGCCAGCUGUCGAACGAGGCUUGGGAUGUUUCGAGAGGCACUUGCUUUAGCUCUCGAUGUUACUAGCCUGACGGCCUUGCCACACGAGGGUGGUGAGGCAGCCGUGUUCAACAACAAGAUUGUCGCCGAAAUAGACCGCCUUCAGGCCGGAGCCCAGUCCGCGGACCGUGGCAGGGAUGAUACGGAAGCGGUGCUAUUCCACUAUCUCCAAAUUGUGUCUGGUUGCAUGCAGUGUCAUAUCAAGGCUUCAGGAACACUACAGGCACGCAAAACACCAGCCACAUUCGAUAGCGGCACAGAUUCGGCUUGUCAACGCGACGUGGAAGCGGCCCAUCUCGAGCAGACAACGAACGCCGACACCUCGGAAAGUCAUAAGCAUCAGCAGCCUCCCGGUUCGUGGUAUUAUCCGGUAGGGAACAUAACGGGUCCACGUCAUCCAGAAGAGCCUCCGCCAUGGAACGUUUUUCACGGGCAAAGAAGACUAACACCAGGCAUUCCUGAGUCUCCAACGCUACCCUCGUCAGAGGACCAGGUCACCCCUAUGAGCCAACGUUCCCUCCCUCCGCCACUACUCAGACAACCGAGUUGGGAUCAAGGGGAUCUCUUUUCGGCAAAACCUGAGUCGCCCACCUCGGCAUGUCAUCCCGAAGCGGGACCCCCUGUAUCUUCUGUCGAGUCAUGGCUUGCCCGAAGUACCGAGUCGAAAGGCAGUUACUCCUCUGAGCAGCAUUCCAAGGGGCCAUCCUUCGCUUCGCACGGCAGUAGCAGCGGCUCCAUUUCAGGUGUUCUGAUCAACAUGGGCCCAGUCUCUGAGAGCCUAUCAGGCUCGGUGAGCCCUGGGUUUGCUCUGCCCCCACUCCCAUCUUCACCACCACCCGAGUACCGCCGGACAUGGACCAAUCCGCCUACAUCCGCUGUUCAGUUCGCGGUGCCGGCGCCCUCGAAGCAGAAUCCAUAUCUAUCCCAGGUCCAAGUCACGCCAAAACGUCACCUGACAGACAAGGGCAAGGCAUCUGAGAUAUUGCACAUCGAUACGUCGCCGGGAUCCUGCUAUGUCGCGACAAAGCAUAGCAGCAAGCUCGUCAAGAUAUGGUCCGUCCCCAGGAGUGCACUGCACGGCACCAUCAAGAUUACAUCGUACGUGCAGCCACGAGUGCGAUCCCGCGAGUACUUCAUCCGCAGCCACGCCAUUCUUUCCGAGAACGCCACGCUCAUCGCCGUCGCCACACACUUCGGUCUCACCCUGGAGAUCUACAACUUCGCAAAGGGCGGCAGCGUCGCAAAGAAGGUCCAGGUCAUCGAGGAAGCACACCGCUGGGCAGCCAGUCAGCGCGACGCCUUCCACAACGAGUACGCCGGCCUGGCCGUCUACCGCCCAAAGUUCGACCGCAUCGACCGCUUCUUCCUCGCUCGGAAUCCCGGUGCGAAGACCCCGUUCCGGGAGGAUCCUAACCACUCCAUCGAGCUCUCUAAGGCCGACCUCCCCUUCCUCCCCAAAUUUCCCGAGUUGGCCUACAGUUCCGACUCGCCUUUCCUCUUUGCCGCGGCGGGGCCCAGACCUGGAGAUCCCCCACGCGCCAACGCAGUCAUCCUCAUCGCCUGGCACACCAAGCCCGUCUCGCACAGCAAGCUGCACGCCCAGACUCCCGAGCAGUCCAGCGCCUCCCUCCCAGACGAAGAGCGGCACAAACCCUACCGCGUGUGCGUCCCCGACCAUCCCGCCCUGCAGACCGCCCUGCCAGCAUGUCUGGCCGCCGCCGGCAGCACCGCCGUCUCCAUCUGGAUCCCGGCGUCUACCCCGACAGAACCACCACUCACCCCUAUCGGCAGUCCAACCACCACCACCACCGCCAUCACCACUACUACUACGACAAAAUCACACUCCCACCGUCCCUCCAACGCAACCACAACCUCCUCCUCAUCCACCACCCCGUCUACCAUCCACCCUACCGCGCCGGAAAGGCUCGUCCUAACCUGGGAUCUCCCGUCCAACACAACACGCCUCUUCUCGAUCCCGCCCUCCGCACAAGCCUGCAUCUCGCCCGACUGCCGGCAGAUCGCCUACUGCGACGCCGCGGGGGGCCAGUUCGCCAUCGUCGACGUGGCGUCGGCGUCCGAAGUCUGGCGCUGGCCGGACGCGGCGAGAGAAGCCGGUUUCGCGUCGUUCGGCCAGCUCGAGAACCUGGCGAGCGUGACCGUGUUCGAGUUCUCCGCCGACGGGCGGAUGCUGGUCGCGGGCGACUCGGCGGGCGGCGUCGGGGUGUAUGAGCUUGUCGAGACGGGGCCGAGGUUCGAGCUGGGGUCCGGAAACGAGGUCGCGCUGGCGGACAUGCUUGAUUCUGAGAUGAGGCAGAUGCAGAUGCAGAUGCAGAUGCAGAUGCAGAUGCAGACGCAGACGCACUUUGGGAAAGGGAGGGGUUGGGGUUUGAUUUCGUAGAUUGAAGUUAAGGAUUCCAAUCAUCCAAGCAGUAACAUUGAAUGGGUUGGAAGAGCAUGCCCCUUAACGCUUCCCCGGCCAUCCCUCCUUUGAGCAGCUGAGGCUGCAGCUCGACUACGAAGUCAAGUUAUCGCAAUG